UUCACACGGCAGAUUUGAACCCAACUGAGUGGUUUUGCUGAAGAGCUGCUGUGAGGACAACCCUGUGUCCUGUGUGGGUCUGAGGAAUCUCUCCUGAUGGGGCUGGUGGACCACAAGUUCGAGUUUCUGCUCCAACCGAGGAGGCAGGAGGAGGGUCCUCUUUCAGUGGAGCAGCUGAAGGUUGAAACGCUGGAGUCUGAUGUUGGGCUGCUGCUGGAAACACUGGCUGAAUUCACGCAGAGCGAUCUCCUAACCUUCCAGAAGGUUCUCUUGAGGGAAAGGCGGAUCUUCAAACUUCAUUCAGAUAUAAGACGUAGGCUGCUUCUGGAGGCAGACCUGCAAAACACUGUGCUUGUAAUGGUGGAGAUCUUUGGUCUGCAGUCUGUGGACAUAACCAAGCACAUUUUAAUUAAGAUGAAAAAGACCGGUCUGGUUAUGAGCCUAUCAGGCGCCGGCUCAACAUCUAAAGGAACAAAUCAGGAUAAACGUCUGGCUGCAUUGAUCCACAAAGUGGCUUCAAUGGCCGCUACCAAAGAUCUUCUAUCAGAAAUACUGAUGGCUCUAAAUCCGAAAGAAUUCAAGAUACUCAAAUGGUUUCUGCAGUCCACUUUCUUCCACAUGGGUGUUCCACUACUGCCGUGGAGCCAGCUGGUGUUGGCGGACACGGAGCAGGUGGUGGAUCAGCUGGUGCGUCUGUUCGGUCGACGGUCCGUGGAGUUGGCUGCGGCGGUUUUGACAGACAUGAACUUAGAUGAUCUGGCUUUCAGGCUGUCAGAAGGCUACACAAGAGAAGAAGAGCAAAAAGAAGAACCUCAGCCUGAACUGGACAAAAAAGUAGAACAGCUGGAGUCUGUGAUAAAGCAGUUGUUGAAUGGGUUGGCUGAGCUGCGUGAUCCUGAACUUGAAGACCUGAAGUAUGAAGUCUUGUGUCAAAUUAGCUGCAAAAAAGAUUCUUCAAGUUUUCACUGGGAACUUGUCCAGAUGACAGACCUGCUGGACUUGACGUUUCUAUUGGUGCAGACGUACGGUCAAGAAUCUGUGAAACUAAUCACAGGCAUUUUACAUAAAAAGAAAUGGUCUGUUCCCAGUUGGCAGUCCCCGAUUUCCAGCUCAGAGAAAGAAGUGCAUAAAUGGCAAUCUGCUCUGAUACGCAAAGUGGCCACAGUGUCAGCUUUCAAACUGUCGCUGUUGAGAGCUAUAAGUGACCUGAGCGACGUGGACUUUGAUAGAUUCAAGACGCUACUGCUGUCAAAGUCUGGUGGGAGUCAUUCUCCAGUCACAGUGUAUAACUAUGACAGAUUAGAAAUAGUAGAUCUGAUGAUGGAACACCUUGGCCAGCGGUCCUUGGAGGUGACCAGGCAGUUUGUCAUAGCCUUGACGAGGACAGAUCUGCCGCAGAGGCUCCCUGUGUCCAGCUCCAUAAGUAAAGAUGACCUUCCUUUGGUACAAGCUGCUGGAUCAGUGAAGAGGGAGGACUUCAGAUUUAUCCUCCUGGAGAAGCUACGUGGUUUUGAUCUAAAGGAUCUGGACAAAUUCAGGUGGUUGCUGCAGUUCGCCUACUUUCGCAGAAGUAUUCCGCAAAUCCCAGAGGACCAGCUGGAGAAAGCGGGCUCUCCACAUCAACUGUUCUUUUUGAUGCUGGAGAGACUUGGUCAGAAGUCAUUGGAGGUGGCCAGAGAGGUUUUCAUUGACAUGAACAGGAGUGACUUGUUGCAGAGGCUGCCAGAUACAAGCUCAGCAUCAGAAGCAGACCUAUCUGCACUCCUCCAGUUGGAAACAAACAUCAAUCCAGACAUGGAGAAAAUUUAUGAAUCCUUGAAGUAUCUGAGCGACAUGGAACUGGAAAAUUUCAAGAAGAUUCUCCAGAAGGCCUUGUGGAGCAAAGGCUUCAGAUUAGUCCUAAGAAAUCAAGAUGAGACGUUGGAGAGACUGAAAUUAGCAGAGGUGAUGGAGCAAUUGUUCGACAGACAAAGUUUGCAGGUGACCAUGGAUAUUUUAGAGGAGAUGAAGAGGCCUGACCUCCAGAAGAAGUUGUUCGACAGCAGCUCUGCAUCUGAAAGACAGCCUUUCGAACAUCCAGAAAGAGGUGAACAUGUUGAGCAGAAAGACUCCAGCGAAUGGACAAGAGUUGAACCUACAAUCACAGAUGUGGACGAGGCUCCAAUUUACAGCUUCCAGUCUGCAGCGGGACAGUUUGAAUGCAAUGUGUCUGGUCUGCGUUGGGUCUGCGAGGACAAACUUUGCUUUAAGUACCAGUUCUGCUCUUGGGAGGGACACAUGGAGAGGAUGAAAACUAUUGGGUACAGGUCUGCAGGUCCCUUAAUCAACAUCACCGUCAUUACUGGGAAGAUAAAAGAAGUGUACCUGCCACACUGGAUCUGCAUUGAUGACAUCCCUAACUUAUUAGAGAGUUUUUCAGUCCUACACAUAAAUGACAGCGGAGAUGUGUUAGAGAAAGUUUCUGAGGUUACCUGCAACGUGUUGAUUUACUAUCAGCCCCACAUGCCAUUCCUCAAACUUCACGUCUACCUGAUCCUGCAUGAUCCUGCCCUUCAACAGUCGGUGCAUAAGGAAGAAUCAUCGAUUGGCUACGAAAUGAUCAAAAAGCCGCGACCGGAUAAGUACCUGAGGAUGCAGCAGGGCUUCACUCUCAAAGCUGCUAUAGAAACAGCUAAAGUCCAACCAAAGAAGUUAACCCUCAGGUAUGACAGCCAAGACCCAAACUUCUACGAGGUGUUCAUUGAGAACCCAACCAGGGACUUUGACCUCACGCUUCUGUGUGCUGACUCAAAAAAGAAAGAAGCAAAGCUUCACCCAGUUUGGACGUGUGAAAUCCGAAGAGAUGACCACCCCAAAUCUGGUCUUGUUGAAGCUGCAGCGUCAUCCGGUGGAGCGACGUGUCUCAGUUCCCCCGACGAGGAGCACUUUGUGGACAAACACAGAGAAGAGUUGAUCCAAAGAGUGAGCAACGUCGGACCCAUUUUAGACAGACUUUUACAGAAGAAAGUUCUCCUGCAGGAAACGUACGACACGAUAAGCUCUCUGCCAACCUCCGUGGUUAAGAUGAGGGAGAUCUUCUCCUGCCUGAGAGCUGGCGUUGCCUGCAAAGACAUCUUCUUCUCCAUCCUUCAGGAGAAAGAGCGAUUCCUCAUCACUGACCUUCAGAAGUAAAAUGUUGAGCCAAACAUUUAAGCUGAGCCACAUCGAAAUGUUCUUUGUUUUAUUUUACAGAUGUUUUAAGGUUUCUAGGCCCCUCAGGCAUGAAAUAAACUUCUUGGAAACCUGUGAUGUAGAAAAAGGGUUGAUUCCUUUAAAUCAGGGUUGAUACCCUGAUUUAAAACAUCAUGUUUACAGCAGCUUUCUUAUAAAAAAACAAGUAAUACCUUAUUAGCCUGAUCUUAUUAUGACAUUACUUUAAUUUUCUAUUUGAAUUCCAAAGUUUCUUUUUAUAAUGCUAAAGUUUUAUUGAUCUUCUUUUAAUGAGUUUCUUUUGACUCUUUUGUUUACCCCGUAAAUCAU